AUGAAUAUUAAUCAAUUAAUUCUUUUAAUAUUUUAUUUUUCUAUAAUUAUUCUAAAUAAUAUACUAGUAGUCAAGAGUAAAUCUAUCCUAACUAAAAUUGGAGAAAUUUUUACAAAACAUCAUUGUGACGAUAAAAAUAAAGAAAACGAAGCUACAAAAGGACCCCAAUACAUUUCUUAUGGCGCAUUACUGGCAGAUGCUAUUCCUGGAAGAAUAUAUUCUAAAGUAUUGCCUUUAGCAAAUAAUUACACAGAUCCUCGAGAAUUAUCCAAAACAACUUCUUCUCCAAAUCAAAAUUCAGAUUAUCGAGCAAAAUUUCCAAAAGAAUUUAAAUUAUUAAAUCCUACAACAAAAAAAGUUGAAAAACUACAGAAAAAAUAA